UUAAUAUAUUCAUAAGCGUCACUCCUUGUUGAACAUACCAACACAUUACCAACCCUUCCUCUCUCUACGAAACCACAAGAUAGCUUCUUGUAGAACUUCUUAACCCUUCAAGAAAACUUAUAACCAUUAGUAUGUCUGACGAUGUUAGUGAAGCUCUGAGAAGAAGGAGAGAAAGACGUGAAAGACUGGCUAAAGAGCUUGAAAGUACCAAUGUAGAUGAGGACGAUGCUGCUGCGAGACGUGAGGCAAGACGAAGGGAACGCGAGGCCAGACGAAAAGAGCGCGAAGCUGAAUCGACAGCUGAUGAUGAAAGCGCGCGAUCACGCCGCCGCAGAAAAGAAGAGUCUGAUGAGUCUACUCUAACUCGUUCAGAGAGAGAUUCAGAAAACGACAGGGCUUCAGCUCGUCGCCGUCGUGAGAGAGAACAACAGCAGGAGGAAGAGGUAAAAGCAGAAAGGCAACGCCAAGAGAGAGAACGCGAAGAGGCAGAAGCACGAGAAAAAGAAGAGAGGGAACGGGAACGAGAACGUCGAAGAAGAGAGGAGCAGGAAGCUGAGGAAAGAAGUCGACGUAGACAAGAAGAGGAAGAGAACGAUCGACGCAGAAGACAGAAAGCAGACGCAGAACGUUCAUACAACUCACGGCGUGGUUAUCACCGAGAUGAAGAAAACGACGAUGAAGAGGAAGAAAAAGAAGACACAAUCUUCGAAACGAUGUCUCCGCAGAAGAAAGCCUCUAUUUUGGAGGGUCUUGCGGAAGAAUUCCGUCGAAUCGUGGAGCAGCGUGAAGCUAAGGGACAGAUGGUAGCAGUAUCAGCCCAAGAGUUGGACGAACUUGACCUUAAAGUGCGUUCGUUACGAACACAAGUCCGCAAGGCUGAGGAGAACAACAACCAACUUAACAAACAAAAACGAGAAAUCGAUGAAAAGCUUAAGAAGAAUGAAAAUGAGCUUAACAAACUACGUAACGAGCUUCAGACUGCAGAAGCAGAGAACGAGUUGGCCAUUAAAGAAGGAAAGAAAGUUGCACCUAAACUACCAACUGGACCUGCUAAAAAGAAGGCUUCUCCAUUUGGUGGUGGAUUCAUUAAUGUUGUCCGUAAAGCUCAGUCUGCUGCCUGGGAAGAGAAGUUUAAAGCCAUGAAAGACAAGAAGAAGGGUUCUGAGCCUAAGCCCGACUGGGUGACCAAAGUAAAGAAGCCAGAAAACCCUCUUAUCGCCAUCAAAAAACCCGCGCCAUCAGCAGCAAAACCAGAAGAAAAGAAACCACAAUGGGCUCAAACCAAACUGAAGAAAGGUGGAGGAGGGCGUGAUGAUGCUGGCACCAAAUUCGAGAAAAGACCUGACUGGUCCGCACGUUCACUCAAGAAAACUGAAAAGAAAGAUGAGGACGAUGAUGACAGGGUGACCAAGAGACACGACUGGAGGGAAGGACUGAAGGCAUCAGACAAGAAGUGAACAAUUAUUACAACCAUUAUUAACCCUUUUGCUUUUGAUUUAUCUAGUUUAAAAAAAUGACCAAAAUGAAAAAUGGAUGUUUCUUUCAGUAAUAUAGGAAUCAAUGUUGUUGUAUUGUUAAGACUCAUUCCAAGCCUUACUCGUGCCUUAUGUCCGGGGACAGCCUGAGAGCAAGAUUUUACUUUAAUGCCUUUGCGUUAUUCGCAACAUCAUGAUGUCCGGGAUCCUUACACUACACCUUUCCCGUGGCCACCCCUGUUAGGCUUGGAUUAUCAUUCUAGUUAAGAUCAGCAUCAAUAUGUGGUACAGCUCUCUUAGGUUUUCAGCUGGAAUAAUAAAAGGAAGAAGUAUUUUAGAUCCAUUAUAUUUUUAUACUUCAUAUUAAGAUAAUGUUUUUUAUUUGAUCAAAAUGGAAAGUUUACUCCAAUCAUUAUGCAUUAUAGCAGUUAUAUCAGGUAACGUUCAAAUGCUCUCAUUUGAUUGGCUAUUAACUUUACCAUCUAUAAAGUCAUAACAGCUUUUUUAUUUUUAUACCGUUGAACAAAUAUUUGGAUGCCAUGACAUCUCAGUAAUUAACUUUAGUCUUCCGUUUCACAAAACCAUAGUGAACGAAUUUUGUAACUAUUUUAAUGUCUGAAUGGAAUAAAUUUCCAAUUCCUUGCA